CUGGGGAUCGGGACAAUCACGACAAUCCGACGAUAACGACAUCGUGCAGACUUACAACCAAUCUCCCAAGGCUGUUACCAUAUCGCUGACAAAUGGAGCGAAUAUACCCCCGCAGUAUAAGUUGAUACAAGUACUCGGUGUUUUGCUGAUUUACUUUAAAAGAUACUACUAUUCAUCCCAAGACACCAGGAGACAAUCCCUUCACUCACCAUGAGACCCGUUACAGUUGGAAUUGUGUCGAUCGGAGACAUGGGCCUAGGUAUGGCCAGACUCCUAAAAGCCCACGAUUACCGAGUUGUCACGGUCGCAGAAGGAAGAAGGUACGACACCAGAGGCGAAAACCAAAGCCGCUCACUAACGGCCGGCAGUGAACACACACUGGCGCGAAUCCAUUCCACAGGAAUCGAGAUCCUCCCUUCAGACCAAGCACUAGUAAUCCAAGCCGACUACGUACUUUCGAUCGUGCCACCACGGCACGCAGUGGCGACAGCGCGACGAAUAGCAGAUGCAUACGCACAGCCAUCGACCGGCAGUCUCCGAGAGGCAAUAGAGGACCUAGAAAGCAAGCCGAAGCGGUCCAAGCUCUACUACCUCGAGCUCAACGCGGUACCCGCCCGACUGGCGUCGGAGGUGGCGGCGCAGUUCGACGAGCCAACCACAACCACGGACGGGGACCGAGGGUGCCACUUCCUCGAUGGCGGAAUCAUUGGGAUGCCGCCAUCACAAAGCACGCAAGACGGGAGCUGGAAGAAACCUAGCGUGAUGCUGUCCGGGUUGGUGGAUCUGGCCCCGAGGUUUGCGGCACUAGCCAGCGUCCUGAAUAUAAGGCUUGUCUCAGCUCGGAUUGGCGCCGCAUCCACGCUCAAACUAUCAUUCUCUGCGCUGACCAAAGGUCUUACCGCGCUGUCUAUUCUGUCCUUCUCCACUGCGCAGAAGGAGUCGAUGUUGCCGGAGUUACUGGCGUUGCUGGAGGAAUACUCACCACGCACUGCUGCACUCGCGACGAAGGGGGUGGUUGCUAUGAGUCCCAAGGCAUACCGGUGGGAGGAUGAAAUGCGUGGGAUUGGGGAGGCGUUUGAUGCAGAGGGUGCAUGGAAUGGGAUCGGGGCCGAUGUUUAUGGAGGGCUUGCUGAGAUCUAUCGGACCAUUGCGGAAGAUACCGUAUUAGGUGAGGAAAGAGUGGAGCAUCGAGUCCGAGGUUUAACGGUUGAAGACGCCGCUCAGAUCAUAGCUCAAAGGAAAAAGUAA